ACCCGAACUUUUUUCUUCUUCAAAACCCUAAAAACCUGAACUGAAUGACAGAGGCUUUCGUUCCGGAAAUCUUUUUACAAUUCAACUGCCGUCUUGGGAUUAUCAAACGCUUUCUGACCGUUAAUUUUCGAGGAAAAGCUUUCUACUUGAAAAGCCAAUUGUACUGUUUGCUGGGUUCUUCUUCUUCUUCACCAUUUUGCAAGUCUGAUAUGGAAUAUCAUAUUUGAUCGGGCUGUUAAUAAUCUUUUUGAUAUGUUAUGGAGAGUUUAAGGGUUAUGGGUGCUGGCGCUGCUGCAUGCAGUGAUGGAUCGAUGCAGCUUGGUGAUAAUCUUCAAGAAAGUGAAAAAUUGGGUGAUGAGCUCCUUGAGGAUUUGGACUCAUAUUUAGAAGAUAUUAAUGAUCGGUUGACCAUUUCGAGGAUGGUGAGUGACUCUGUCAUAAGGGGCAUGGUUAAUGCAGUUAAAGAAGACGCAGAUGAGAAAAUUGCUCGGAAAGAAUUGGAGGUGGCUGGAUUGAAGGAUAGGCUACAUCUUUACCAUGUGGAUGCGAAUAAAAAUGAAUCCUUAGGAUCUUGUUUGUCAUGCCGUGAGUCAAAAAUCACAAGUCACUACAGGAUGUAUUAUGACGUUUCAGAUGCUUUUGUAGAGAAUGAUAGCGCAAGAGAAUCUUUGGCAAGCCUCAGAAAUGCUGCUAAAGAUCAAUUCAAGAUGCUCAAGAAAGAAAUUGACCGCAUAAGAGGGCCUAGUUCUAUUAGGAGGAUUAGUUCAGGUUCAGAGCUACUGGGAUUGGGUGGUAUUCUCCAAGAUAAGGCAUGUGAAAGAUGGACUGAUGUGGAUAUAAUGCUUGAAAGUCUAAAGGCUACAAUAGACACUGUCUAUAAACGGAUGGAAGAUAUGCUUCAGUCAUCGAAGGCAUCACUCUGUGCAUGGCAGCUAGAGCAAGAGUUUCAGGAUAAUAUUGAAGGUAUGGUAAUUAAGAAUUGCAUCCGUAGUCUCCAAGAAGAGUUCGAAGAAAGACUUUGGGAUCAAAAUGCUCGAUUUUGUUGUGAUGAAAGUGUGAAUUGGAAUGAAAAGAUUAAAGAAAUUUCAAGUUUGCGGCAGGAAUUGGGUGCCAUUUCUAGGUCACUGUCUAUUUAUGAAAUUGGGCCGCUAACUUCUCUUGGGUCCUUAGAGAUUGGUGAGGAAUGGAGUAAUGAUAAAAGGGCUGAUCAUUUCCACCGCAAAGUUUUGAGCAGUAAUGUUUCAUCGUCAACUUUGGUUUGGGAAGGAAAUGGCAAACAUAAAGAUUCAAAUGCUAAUCUCCCAAAAAACUCAGAUCCUGCCUGUCUAAAGUCAAUGGGGAGAGAUCAAUUGAUUACUGAGAUGGCCACAAUGAGGAGAAAUCAUGAGCAGAAAGUGCAAGAGAUCACUGAAGAAAACAUUCGCCUCAGGGGAGAAUCAUUGAAGCUGCGGGAAAGGGGGUCUUCUUUGCCAUUGAAGAAGGAGUUCGACAUGUUUAAGAAAAAAAUUCCCCAUUUCAUUUCAAAGUUGGAUGACAUUCUUGUGGAAAAUGAGAAACUACAUGCAUUCAACGGAAAUGCUGAAAAUCUUGGCAGUUUGAAGGACAGAAUGGAAUCCCUUCUUUCAGAAAAUCGCCAGCUUAGAGAUUCACUUUCAGAUAAGAAAAAGGAAGUCAACCGCCUCUUAUCACAAGUUUCUGAUGCUGAAGAUAAAAUGUCACAGCACCAUCUAAUUGAAGCAAAUUUAUUACGUGCUACAGAAGAUGCACAUAUUAAAGAUUUGAUUAGUGAAGAUGUAUAUAAAUGUGUUCUUAGGGAGUUAUUGUGCCAAAUUAAAUGCGUCACUGAAGAGUCAGACUUGCAGUGUAAUAUCAUGCAAGAAAUUUAUGAAAUUUUCUCCAAAGAAGCCGUUCAUAUUUCUGAACCUGCAAGCAAGUAUGAAGUUGAAGAUUCAGAUAUGGAGUCAAUUAUCAUGCAAGCGCUGGGUGGGAUAAUAUUCAGAGAAGUCUUGAAGGAUGCUGAAGAGAAAGUCAGUAACUUGAACAUGGAAUACAUUAAUGAAAACAAACUACGAGUUUCUCUUGAAGCGGAGAAACUACGCAAAGAAGAAGCAUUAAGAUUGGUGGGUCUGGAAAAGGAAAGAUUAAACCAAAAGAUACACUCACUGGUGGCAUCAGUAGAAGAAAAGAAGAAGUUAGUGCAGGAAACAACAGAUGCAUUGGCAAAAGAAAAGUCGCAAUUUUUGUUAGCUUCUCAAGAGAAAAGGAUGCUUCAUGCUGAUGCCCAAGAGAAGCAGAAGGCUUUAUCAUUGUUCAAAGCUAAAGAGAGGGAGCAUCAAAAGCAAAUGAAAUCCAUAGUCGUUAUUGUCCAGGGAUUUUUUAAAUCAGUUGCUGGUUUUGAAAAUAGAGUAACGGAAAAUAUUUCAAAUAUCAGUCUGAGGCUGGAAAAAUUGAUUUCUGAAUCGCGAUCGCUUAUCCCUAAUGCUAAUGUGCUCCAAAGAACGGGAUUGUUGUAUAAGCAGAGGCUUGAAAGGAGAUGUUCUGACCUUGAAAAGGCUGAAGCUGAGGUUGAUCUUUUGGGUGAUGAGGUCAAUGCUCUUUUAAGCCUGCUUGAGAAAAUAUACAUUGCACUUGAUCAUUAUUCGCCAAUAUUGCAACAUUAUCCUGGAAUUACUGAGAUCCUGAAGCUGGUAAAAAGAGAACUGCGUAGAGAAUCUACUCGAGCAGUUUAAUUUGUUCAUUCACUAGAUACAAGGCCGCAUUAUUCAUUUUGGUCCCCGCUGCUGCAUCUUUGUGUAUUGUAUGUAGCACUGGUCUGGGAGUCAUUACCAAGCAUCCAUUGCCUUUAUCAAUACAACCAAACAAUACAAGAACACACCGGUGAAGCCGAGCUUGGAACGAUACACCUCUACUUGAGAUGUCUGGCGGUGGUUUUUUUUUUUUUUUGGCUCUUAAGAAGGAUUUUUGAAGACAACACACAUAGGAGAGAUGCUAUACAGUUGCAAUAGUAUUGGCAGGGAAACCUGUGGAGUUAGGGCUUGUCAAAAUAUUCUUUGUCCUUGGAGCUUGUGGGAUUUUCCCUUAUCUCCAGUGAAGUAGAGUUAGGGCUUUGGAUUUAUAGUUACUGUUCCUUGUUCACUUCCUUCCGCUUUUACACAGGUUCAUAGUUUAUAAUGUAUAUGUGUUAUAUGGGAGAUAAGCCUGCUGGAUAAGAAAAUGAAUGUUUUUAUUUUAUUUUAUUUU